AUGAUCUCAAAAUCGUUGGCAUUAGCUGUGGGCACGCUAGCAUCCCUGUAUGUCGUCUACUCGCAAUCCAGAUCACAACUGUCGGUGAUCGCCGAUCUCGGCAAGUUGAUAGUCGACAAUUGCCCGCCCAUGUUGUGCACCGGCCUCGAUUGUGCCGUCGUCACCGAGCGAAACGGAUGUCAGCUCUGCGCAUGCCCUAUCGGGUCGCCGGCUCGCGGUUGCGACCCGAUGCCCUUCAUUUUGUGGCACGACUUGAUCGUGAACGGAUGCCCCAAUGUCACGCUCAACGCCAGGGACCCCGCCCAGAAGGUGCACCGCUGGUUCAGGAGGGUAAACCGCUUCUCGAACACCGAUCAAUGCGAGCCCUACAUCUUCCCCUACUGCCCGGAGCUCGACUUUAACCUGUGGCGGUCCCCACGAACAAAGCAGGAAUGCGAGCUGUACUGCUACUCCAUCGACGAGCAGAGGAAGAGGGGUAUCAUC